ACAGUGAUUAUAGUCCGUGUCCCGCUCAAAUUUUAUCACUUGACUACUUGAGAGUUGAGACUUGAUUCUCGUUACUCGUUAGCGAUAUGCAUUAUGCUGCCAAAUUCCAAUUUCCAACGUGUCUUGCGGCAAGCGUCGACCAUAAUAUAUAUUAUUGUUGUACAUCACUAUUCACUACAUCAGUUUUACAAUAAAUCUACAGCCAUGAUAUUAUUAUGGUUUAUAGGUCUCGGGUGAUGAAUGAUGACCGCCAUAAUUGAUAUUGUAUUAUUGUGGUCUAAUUUUAUACAAUAAUACGACGGUCAGAAAUAUUCUUCCACGCCCGCGAUAACACUGGAAUGUGCCGACUGUGGAUAAUAUUAUACAAAAUGCGCUUCUAAGUUCUAAUUAAUCAACUAAAUUUAGUUCCGAUUGUUUUGUGUCUUUGUAGUUCAACCUGGGUAUUUACCAUCGUUAAGACUGCUAUGUUUUAUAUUAAUAAUGUUGUAGUUUAGCGCUUAUGACUUUAGAGGCAACUAUUUUUAAAUCAUUUAUUCAAACCAAUAUAUUAUCGUUUAAUUUUAAUAAUCAUUCGUAUAAAUCUACAAAUGGCGAAUCGCGAUUCGAUUUUCAGUUUUCGCUUUUAACUCUCAGUAUUUUCAGGCAUUUAGACAGAUUUUAAAAAAUUCCCAUUCAGCAUUCAUUGCGAUUAUUGUGAUGUUUUUGAAGCACACGUGUACAAUUAUGGUUAUUUGUUACUGAAUGUGAGACUAUAAUAGACCCGUAUUUUUGGCUACUGCGCGAAAGAACAGAAGUAAAAUAUAACAACUGAAUAAAUUAUGAAUAAAUCAUUAGUUCCUCAAAAGUUUACUAAUAAUGACCUUUAUAUCACUCAUGCUGAAUUUCAAGGAUGUUUCAUAAAAGUUUGGGCAAACUUUUACUCCCAAAAGAGAACAAAUUUAGAAAAAAACGUACAAAACUAUGAAAAUUAUUCAAGGGAAUGUAAUACAUUGGACUUAUUUGGAAACAAGUUAUAUGUAUAUACUUGGAAAAAUGACUAUGAAUCAAGAGUUUAUAGAUGUCGGAUUAUAUAUACAGAUUUAGUAGCCAAAACUCACACUAUAGUCCUUAUAGAUUAUGGCAGGACUAUGGUGGCUUCAUAUUUUGAUGUAAGAGAAGUAAUCCAAGAUGUAGAUCCAUCUUUUUUAAUUGAUUUGUGUCAAAGAGCUACAGUAUACACAUUUUUGCUGAGUACAUACAUAAGUAAACCAAAAUCAAACAAUGAAUUAGUUAAUAUUUUAUGCAAUAAAUAUUACAAAUAUCGAAGAGAUUUUGAAGUUGGUGGAAUCACAUUUAUAUCAUUAUUUGGUGUUGACAAAGUUUUAGUUGACAAAGGCAUAGCAGAUAAUAUUAAUUUGGCUACAAUGAUCACCAUUGCUAAAAGUUUGGAAUCAACAAUUGAGUUUAAUAAUAAAAACGACACGAUCAACCAUUUCCCAAUUAAUAGUAAACCUUUUAGCUUUGGUUCUUUUCUACGAUCUCAACGUUUAGAUUAUGUUACUUUGAUAAACAUAAGCGUCACUAAAGUUGUUAUAGACAACAUUUCAAUUCUAUUAACGGUUCGGACACUUGAUAAUGAAUCUGAAGCAUUAACCAAUAUGUUAAAUUCAAUUGAUAGGCAAAAUUUAAAAUUAGCACCUGUUCUUGAAGUUUAUACUCCUUGUUUGAUUGUUUUACAUAACAAAUUGGUUAGAGCUAUAAUCUUAGAAGUAAAAAUAGAUAAAUUGUAUAUUGAUCUAGUUGAUUAUGGAAUUAAAGAAUUGGUGCCUAGGACUGCAGUCUUUGAAAUACCUUCUAAUUGCUUUUUAAUUGAAAUGCGAUCUUUGAAUGUGAUAGUAGACAAGCCGAAAGAUACUAUUGUAGAUCAAAAUAUGUUUAUUCAUAAAUAUUUUCAAAUGUUACCAUUGAAAAUUGAUCCUAAUUUUGGUUUAUACAAAGUUAAGUUAUUUAAAAAAAAUAACGAAGAGCAUAUUGAUGUAUGCAAAGCUUCAAACAAUACAUAUGAUUCAAUAUCUUCAAAGUCGCAAGAAAUUUUUUCAAUAACAGAGAUAAGUGAUGAGAUUAAAAGCAUUGAAAAUUGUACAACUCCAAUAAAUCAUUUUAAUGGAAUUCAAAUAGAAAAUGAAAUAGUAAGCAAAAAUUCGAAAAUUAAAGAAAGCUCAGAUUCAGAAAUUAAAGAAAUCAUAGAUCUGGAAGUGGUGGAAAAAGAACCAGAAGUUACAAGACAAGUAUUUCCAAUAAUGGUUUUAAAGAAAGAAACUUUAAAUGAGGCACAAGAAAUUAUUGGUUCAUUGAUUCAUUACAAAUCACCAUUUGACUUUAGUGUGAGACUAUACAAUCCAAAUUUUGAACCUCAUAUGGAUCAUAUUAAAUCCGUUUUAGACUCUCGUUGUGUUUUAAAAAAAUACGAUCUUGUGAAAAAUAUGUAUGUUAUUUGUCAGAUUCAAUCAGAUUCUAUAUAUCGUGCUAAAAUAAUUGAUAUGGAUUCUAAAAUUGAAAAUAUAAAAUUACAAUUAAUUGAUGAAGGAGAUAAAAUAAUCAAUGAAUAUUUUGACAAAAUCAUAUUGUACAAUUUUGUUGAAAGUGAUUGUAAUGUACCUGGGCAAUUAGUAAUGCAUUGCUCAUUAUAUGACAUGUGGUUCCCCGUUAUAAAUACUGAUACUACGUUAAUGUUACAACCACACUUUAAAAUAAGUAAACUGUAUAAGGUAUUGAUCGUAAAAACUAACGAAUCUGGUACUAAAGUAGUGCAGUUGAUUCAUAAAGAUACCAAUGUGGAUGUUUCGAAUGCUAUACUUCAGUCAGGAAUUGGGCAACGUUUAAAUGCUGCUAUGAAAACUGAUGAAAAUCCAUAUGAAGAAAACCUAUUAAUCGGUCAAUGUUUUCUAUCAUAUGUCUAUAAUUACCAUUUAAAAAUUAGAAUUCAACCAGAACCAAAUACUGUUGAUGAAUUAGAAGACGAAAUUGCAAAACACAUUAAUGAAAACCCUGACUCUGAAUUAAUGGAUAUCAAUCACUUACAAAAUACAUAUUGUUUGGCAACUGUUGAUAACAAGCAUUGGUAUAGAGCUUAUAUUAAAAACAUAAAUGAAGAGUCCAUCAUAGUUAACAUGUUCGAUAUUGGUUUAUUGACUGAUGUUUCAUUAAAUCAGAUUCGACCAAUUACUAGUAAUUUAUUGAGAAGACCUCAACUUUGUUUAAAUUGUCACUUGGAAAGUAAAGACUUGGACAUCAAAAUUACUGAAAAAACAUUGUAUAAAAUAACAGUAAAAUCUAUUGAUCCCAAAGGAAUGUUAUGUAUAAGUAUAAAAGAACAUUAUUCUGUUCCACUUUCCACUCCAAUUGUUCGGGGUAUUGAGAAAAUAUCAUUUUUACACGUUGAUGGUGAUUUGACUUACAUGCAGAGAUCUCAAGAUAUAUCAAUGGUUGAAAAAAUAUCUGAAAAUCUAUCAAAACUUUCUGGUAAAUUAGGAAGCAAAACUUCCAUAGUACCGGGAGACAUAACCAUGUUUGAAAGCCAUGGUAAAUAUUAUAGAUGUGUAGUUAAAUCAAUUAAUUCCAAAUUGGCAGUUGUACAUUGCAUUGACUUUGGUUAUGAAAAGCAAAUAGAAAAGAAAAAGUUGCAAUGUUUAGGCCAUACUAAAAUUGCAUUGUUACCAGCACUCGUCAUCACUGUUAAAACAUUUCCAAUGGCAUGUAACAUGUCUAGAACAAUGUUCCUAGCUAAUAUGCAUGUAGACCACAAUGGAACACUUAAUGCGUUGCCGAACAAAAUGACACCAGUGCAAUCUCAAAACAAAUUAAUGGAAACCCUUGAAAAUGGUUGUGUAGUGAGAGUCACAUGUAUUAACUCAAGCAGUGACUGUUGGAUUGUUCCUCAUUUACUUAAUGAAAAGCUAGAGAUUAUUUCUGAGGUUCUUAUGAAAAUGCAAUCAAAAAUGAUACCAGCUAUAACUGAAAUUGGUUCAAUGUGUGCUGCAUUACAUUCAGUAACCAAAAAAUGGCACAGAGCUUUGAUAUUGGAUGUUGAUGGAAGUUCUGAAAAUGUUUUGGCAAUAGAUUCAGGUGAAAAAUUCAAAGCGUUGAAAACCACUAAAUUAGUUAGUGAAAUUCAAAAAAUACCAAAUUGUGCCUUGCACUGUCAAGUUGUGUCAAAUGUUGAUAUUAAUACACUUUUAAACAGAGAUGUUGAAUGUAAGCUGAUGUCUUAUACUCAAUCGCUACUUGAGGUGAAAUUAAUUGCAAAUUACAUCAACGAACCUGAAGUUACUUCUACUGUGUCAUCUAUGGAGUGGUAUAUUGCCAUCAAUAGGUUUGAAUCAUUCAACGAGUUCUAUGUAAAAAAAGUUGAUUAUGAAUGUGGUUCAAAUAAUAAUAAUGUUGAAACACAAUUAAAUUAUAUUGCUAAUAACUUAGAAGAUUUUCCAAAGCCACCACCUAUUGGUACAUUAGUGGCAGCAUUGACUGAUAAAAAUAAUGGUUUAUGGUAUAAAGCUGAAGUGUUGAAUCCCAUUAAAACAAAUCUAGUUGUUCGGAUCAUUAGUGAUGGCACUGUUUGUAAAGCAAUACAAUUAAAAGUUCUCCCAUGUAUCUUUAGUGAUGAAAAAUUGUACUUUCGCUGUUGCCUAGAUCAAGAAAUUGUGGAUGUUAACAUAAAUGAUCCCUUAAAUUUUGAUAUUAUCUCAGAUAUGAUGACAAAAUAUAAAUGGAUUAUGACAACAACAAGUAACACUGAACCAUAUAAAGUGACAUUGACUUAUGAUGGUGUAGAUUGUUUAGAUAUGUUAUAUACAGUUUUAACUAUAGAUCACCAUGACACUUCUAACAACAGUAAAAUGUCUGAAAGUAGGCCCAUUUUGAGCAACAUUGAACUUAAUGGCGAUCAUGCAAAACCAACUUUGGAAAAUCCCUUAAAUAACAUUCCUGAGAAAAAAAUUCAUGAAAUUGAUUUGGUUAUACCUGAAGUAGAAAUAGUGGUUAUAAAAUAUGUUGAGACAUUCCAAUAUUUUUAUGUGCACUCUGAGAGUCUGUCAAUGUUGUAUAUGAAACGAAUCUCUGAAGACCUAGAUUUGAGCAUAGUUGAAUUAUCUUUAAAUGAUUGUAUGGUUGGUUCCAUUGUUGUUACAUUAAGUACUUAUUUUAACUGUUGGUGUAGAGCUAAAAUAGAAAUAAUCACUGAUAGUAUCAGUGCUAAAUGUUAUCUAUUAGACUUUGGUGAAUAUGAAGAUUGUACUGAAUUCUAUAAGCCAACAGAAUUCCUUUGCAUGUGCCCUCCAUUGGUAAGACGCUGUUCAUUAUAUGCUCCAAAGUUGGCUGGCCAAGAAAAUGAAAUUUGGUUUCCCAAUAUUAAUGACAUGUUUAAAGACAUUACAUCAAUUGAUGGUGUUAAGUUUAAUAUGGUUAUAAAAACCCAGGGAGAUCCUUGUGUGGUAUCUUUGCAGCUAGAAGAUUCUGACGUUGGUGAAAUGAUGUAUCCUUUAUAUGUCCAAUUAACACAUGUUAAAUCUUUUACCGAUUUCAAAAUAAAAGCAAUAUCUACCGAUCAGAAAUGUAUGAACCAACUGUUGGAAAGGUAUAUGGAUACAGCAGAUAUGUUGGAGGUGCAAAACCCUAUAGUUGGCGAGUUGUAUCUCACUAAAAUCAAUUCAAAAUAUGUACGUGUGAAGUUGGAAUCAUUUAGUGAUUGUAAGUAUUUAGUCGUUGACAUAGAUGAUACUUUGGAUAUGUUGUCUGUAGCAAAUUUAUAUGAACUACCAGAAAGUAUAAGCAAAAUUCCGAUGUUAUGCAUGACCUGUUCCUUGAUUCUUGAUGGCAAAAAAGAAAAUUAUAGUUUGAGUAACUUCCAAAAGUUGGCAAACCCCAAUGUUACAUUUGUUAUGUGCAUCAUUACUGAGAAUGAUGGUACAUCACCAAAUCAAGUUAAACUUUAUAUUGACAACAAAGACGUUCUUGAUCUUAUAAGACUACAAUAAAUUAAGUGUUCAUAAAUUAGAUUUUUAAGUACAACAUCUUUUAGUGUUUAAUUUAUUUCUACAAAAUAUA